AUGAGCCUGCCAUCCUUCCUACCGCCCUUCGCGGGCACCGAGAUCCGGACCGUGGAGAUGCACACGGCCGGAGAGCCGGCGCGCAUCGUAUACGCCGGCUACCCAGACAUACCCGGCACCCUCCUCGAACAGCGUUCCCUCGCCCAAACCGACCACGACCACAUCCGCCGCAGCAUAAUCUAUGAACCGCGCGGCCACGCGGACAUGUACGGCGCCGUCCUCCGGCCCCACACAGAACUCGUCGACGCAGGCGAAGCGCACAUGGGCGCCUUAUUCCUCACGCACGAGGGGUACGGCGCGAUGUGCGGGCACGCCACCCUCGCGCUCGGCAGGCUCCUCGUCGACUGCGCGGACGAGACGGUCUUCCCGCGGCGGCGGGAGCUGGUUGUUGAUGAGGAGCGGCAGACGGUGGAGGUCAGGUUGCAUGCGCCCGUUGGGGUGGUGAGACUUACGGUUCCUGUUGUGAGGGUGGAUGUGGAUGGCAGCACUGGGGACAUCUCGGGGUGGAAGACGGAUACGGGAAGGCGAAUUACGUUUCUUUCUGUGCCGACUUUCGCUACGGCUGUCGAUCUCUCUGUUCCGAUCCCGCGGGAUCUAGGUUGGCCGGAGCUAGGUGACGCCGCAGCCGUGACGAUAGACGUUGCGUUUGGAGGUGCAUUCUAUGCUGUCGUCUCCACUGCGGCCCUGGGCUUUCCGUCGUCUCUUUCGAAGCCGGACGUGAGCGGCCUCAGUAACGCAACCAAGAAGCUCAAGCAAGCCUUCAACGCCUCAGCAGACCUCCGCGUCCGCCUUGAAGAUCCCGCAGACGACGAGACGGUUCCGGGUUCGCAGUAUCUCUACGGCAUCAUGGUCACCGACACAGGUAGUAACGACGUUCUCCCUACAGCACAAGGAUGCGCGGGCGCGGAGACGGGGCUGUAUUUCUUCGGCGACCAGCAAAUUGAUCGGAGUCCAACGGGUUCAGUCGUGCAGGCGCGUGUUGCGUUAGCUGCUGCGCGGGGCGAGAGGAAACUGGGCCAGUCGUGGACAUAUCACAGUCUUGUAUCGAGGGGUGUUGGCGGGGAUCGCGGGGCGUUUGUAGGGACGCCCGUGGAGGAGGUUGAGGUUGUCUCAACAACUAUCCUAAGAUCAUCUACACUCUACAACACCAUCAAACAAGAAACCAUGACGACCUUUGAGGGCUUCUCCCCCUUUACAGUAACAACCCAAACCUCCCCCGACGUCGUAAUCCACGGCAUCAAAAGCGGCGACGCAACCACCUCCUCCCUCCCGCCCCUCCUCCUCCUCCACGGCUUCCCCCAAAGCCACCACAUCUGGCACAGCGUCGCAACCGCCGUCAAAGACGGCUACACCGUCAUCGCAAUCGACAUCCGCGGCUACGGCAACAGCUCGAAACCAGAUGGCGUCCCCUCCUACGCCAAAUCCGCCAUGGCGCGGGACUGCAUCGCCGUCAUGGACUCCCUAGGCUACGACGAGGACACCUCCUUCUACGUCUGCGCCCACGACCGCGGCGCGAGGGUCGCGCACAAGUUAUGCGUAGACUUCCCCUCCCGCAUCCGCAAAGCAAUCUUCCUAGACAUCUGCCCCACGCUGGUGAUGUACAAGACCACGAACCUCGACUUCGCAAAGGCGUAUUUCCACUGGUUCUUCCUCAUCCAACCCUCGCCUUUACCCGAAACCCUCAUCAACGCCGCGCCGCGCAAGUUUCUCGAACUCUUCAUGGGCGGACGCCAGCUCACGGGCCUGCAAAUCUUCAGAGAGGAGGACUUCGAGUUCUACGCGCAGGUCAUGGGCCAGCCGGAGGCCGUGGGCGCCAUGUGCAACGACUACCGCGCGAGCGCGACGUUGGAUCUCGAAGAGGCGGAGGCGGAUCUGAGGGAGGGGAGGGUGUUGCGGACGCCGCUUGUUGUGCUUUGGGGGAAGCACGGGGUGAUUGAGAAGUGUUUCGAUGCGGUGGGCGAGUGGAGGAAGGUUGCUGGGGAGGGGGUUGAGGUUCAGGGGAGGAGUGUGGAGAGUGGGCAUUAUAUCCCGGAGCAGGCGCCCGAGGAGGUAGUUAAGACGAUCAACGAGUUCUUUGUGUGA